GGGUGGAGUCAGACCCAAAAAACUUUCCCAGAGUGUGAGCCUCUUCCAUAUAAAGCAUUAGAGGAGCGCUCCGUUCAAAGCCUUUGACAGAACAGAAGUUCUCACUCGUAAAGUUCGGCAUUGACUUUGGCUUCAGCACUGGUGCUACUGCUGAUUCUCUGCGUGUCCUGCACAGCUGCAGAAAGGUGAGAGAGAACGAGUGAGAGACCUUAUUAUACAGCUAAAGACAGCCAUUGAUAAAUAUAGUGAGAUGAUUGAACUGGGCUCAGUGGAGGAGGGCAGGAGUCUGAUAGAAGAGCUGAUGGAGUUAACAUCUCAAAGCCUGUGCAAACUGGAGAUUAAAGAGCAUUUCAACAUCAUUAAAGAGAUCGGCCGGGGCAAGUAUGGCCGUGUGCUGCUGGUAACUCACCGCUGUAAGGGAACGCCAAUGGCUCUGAAAGUGUUGCCCAAAACAUCAACCAAACUGCAAGGAUUUCUGCGGGAAUAUUGCAUCUCCCUGCAGCUGUCCUGUCACCCCUGCAUCGUGGGUCUGUUCGGCAUCGCCUUCCAGUCAAACGAGCACUAUGGGUUUGCUCAAGAGCUGGUGGUGGGUCGAGACCUGUUCGCCAUCAUUCAGCCACGGGUGGGCAUCUCAGAAUGUGCAGUCAAACGCUGUGCUGUUCAGAUCUCCAGCGCCCUCGAGUUCAUCCACCAGCGUGGCCUGGUGCACCGCGACAUCAAACCCGAGAACGUGCUGCUGCUGGACAACCACUGCCGUCAAGUUAAGCUGGCCGAUUUCGGCCUCACCCAGAGACGUGGAACCCUCAUCCACUAUAUAUCGGGCACGUUGCCGUAUAUGGCCCCGGAGCUGUGCGCCAUGGUCCUGGAAGAAGGUCAGAAGGAGGUAAAGGCUCCUCCGCUCAGCGUGCAGCCCAGUUUAGACACGUGGGCGUUUGGCGUUCUGCUGUUUUGUAUUCUCACUGGGUUCUUUCCUUGGGAGCGGUGCGACGACAGCGACGAUUUCUACGAGGAGUUCGCCGACUGGCGCCGGGAGCCCAGCACGGCCCCCGUGCCAUCUCAGUGGAAAAGGUUCACGCCUGUAUGCAUGGAGAUGUUCAAAAGGAUGUUGGCGUUGGAUGCCAAGGAGAGGUCCUCGGUAGGUGAGGUCAAAGGUUACGUGGGUAAGGAGUGGGUGCGAGCGAAGGACAUCAACGGAUGGGUCGGGGACAAUGGUGAACAGUGAUGGAGUCAUGUGACUUUUGGAAAGCUUGGGAAUAAGAUUUUUCUUUGUAAAGGAACAUUUUUAUUAUCGCUACAUAACCUUUUUUAGACAAAUAUACAGAUGUGAUUAUAUUGAUUAUGUGUGUACAUUGUGUUAGUGCUUUGAAAGGACUUUUACUAAGCCAUUUAUGACCUUUUCCCACAAUCCCAGUCAUUCAUCAUUUGUCUACAUUCAGAAAAUAGCACUACAACCUUCUCUGUUGAACAUUUGAUAAUCUCCUGGCAUCUGUUGCGCUUGAUGAGGUAUUGAUAGAUCUGCCCCGGUCUGGUGUUUGUUUGAGUCCUGCUCCAGAGAAACUGUCCCAGUAGGGUGUCUUCACUGGAGGUCAGG